AUGCUGCACCCCCGGCGCAGUGCCCAGUACGUCCUACUAUGCGACUCCUGUGAAACUGCCCCCCUACAGAGUCACUGUGAACGUUGUAAUAUAAAUCUCUGUACUAACUGUGUAGAAAAACAUCUCUUGGAUUCGUCUAGAAAACACCGAGUCAUACCGUUUAUAGAGAAAUGUUCUACUUCUAACUACCCAAGAUGUCAAAGCCACCCCGACAAACAGGGUGAAUCUCAUUGUGAGAAAUGUGGCCUUCCCGUCUGUUCUACCUGCGUCGCCUCCGGUAAACACAGAGGUCACGAUAUACCAGAUAUUCAGAAAGAACUCAGCGCUAAAACACAAGGUUUACGAACAGAUUUGGAAAAACUCAAGACCAGAAUUUACCCCCGAUAUCACAAAAUUGACUCCGAUGUCCGAACUGAAAUAAAACAGAGAAAAGAAAACAAAGCACGUCGACUAUUGAAAUGUACAUCGCGCAUUCCAGUCCAGUAG